AUGUCACCAAAAAUUAAACGGACAAAUGAACUUGUUUCAGUCGCACCUCGUUCAAAAUAUAGUAGAAAAGUAUUUUUCGAAUAUUCUCCAGAAGAAACAUCUUUUCAGUUAGGGUAUUUAGGACCAGAUAAAUCAACAAUAGAAGGAACACUACGUUUAAGAUACACUGACGACAAACCAAUAUUUGCAAAGAAAAUCACACUCUCUUUUGUAGGAAAAGAAUUUGUUCGGUUUGCGGGUAUAUUAGAAAAAGGUCAAGAUAUUCUUAGAGAGGAUGACGAAAGUGAAGUCUAUGAUGAACAAGCUUCAACAACAAAGAUAACCACACAUAAAGCUAAACGUGAAUUUUUUGCUAGUAAAAUAAUUAUUUGGAGAUCACAAAGUAAAGGUCAUUAUGAAGGUGUAAAACAUCUUGACCUACCUUUCAAAUUCAAAUUACCAGAUAAUAUUCCUCCUUCAACCAUAAUGGAUGAAGGGAGCGGAAGGAUUUAUUAUACACUUAAAGCUGUUAUUUCAAGACGGUCAAUUGAUCCUAAUUCUCGUAAUACAAAAAAAAUAAUCAAAUAUUUGGUUCCUGUCGUUCGUUAUACAAUCACACCAGAACCAAAAUCUAUUCAUUGGAUUAAAAAAGAAGGAGGUCCAACUAAACAGUAUGUUUUGGAUCACGAUGUGUCCGUAGCACGUUCAAUUUUCGGACCAGGGGAAUUCGUUGUUCUCCCUAUAAAAUUAACUUUUAACGAACCUCAAGUCUAUCUAAAAAAAAUAUUUGUAGGAUUAAAAGAAUAUCACGAAUUACGAACAGAUAAAUAUGAAACAUUAACAAAAAGAUACGUUGUUAAGGAAAUUGUAGAAGCAGAUACAAUUCCAAUUUCACAAGGCCCUGAUAAUGAGUGUUUUGUAGAAGUUAAGUUAAAUAUGCCUAACGAAAGAAAAUUACUUUAUGAUAUAGACACAACAUAUAUUACAGUUUCCCAUAAAUUAAAAAUCAAAAUUUGUCUUGGUAAAGCUCCUGAUUUAAACCUUUCAAAUUUUGUUAGAAUUGAAAAGUUAGUUAGCGAAGAAGAAGUUUUCCCACCAACUCCACCUACUAUUUCUCAAGAGGUUGUUGUGGCUCAUGAACCCAUUGUGGUUAAACCCAAACGAGAUUCCUAUAGAAGAUUAUCACCUUUCUUCCCAUUGUUUAAUAAAAUUCAAAAUGGCAAAAAGAGGAUUUCGUUACAAUUUCAACCGAUUCAAAUACAUGUUACUGAUUCAGAAAAUCCAAAUGUAAUUUAUAAUUCGAGAUCUUUAUUUAUACCUCAACUUCAAUUCAAAAGCUAUCAACAAAGUAACAUUAAUAGCAUUAAUUCUCUCACCCAAGCCUAUUAA